AUGCCAGUUGCCGUGCCGCGAGCCGUGGAAGAGGCUGCGUCGACGGCCUUGCAGCAAGAGCCAAGCCAGCACAAAGACCACACGCAGCAACAAGAGUAUGAAGAUCAGCUUUGGCUGGCUCAAUGUGUGCGGCAAGCGUGGAAGACAACAUUUCGCGACUGGGAUCAGUAUCGAUUGGCACAGGCUGUGACUCGGCACGAAGCCCAGGACGGCUGGCUGUUGGCCGUGGCCCCGACGGGCAUGGGCAAGACGCUGUGUACACUCGCUCACCUCCAGCCACGCAAGGUCGUGGUGUGGGUAGUCCCGCUUCGUGAGCUUGCCAGAGACUUGUGCCGCCGCUUCGAGCAGGCUGACAUUGUAUCGCAGUGGGCUAAGAAUGAUGGCCGUGACAUGCAAGUCAACGUUCAAGUGAUUGUCAUGACGGUCGACUUUUUGGUUGGCUAUGGGAUGAGGUGGAUGCAAACACUCGUGCAGCAGAAGCGUCUGGCCAUGCUCGUGAUGGACGAGGUUCACACAAUGCUCGUGGACACUAGCUAUCGAGGGAGUCUUGUUCGCUGCCCAAGCCGGCUGGACCAUCUUUGCCAAGACCCACCUGUCAACUGCAGCAGAGACCGCUUGGUUGCUCACCACCAGCCUUCUUGCUGCCCGGUCAUGAAAGGGCGCUGUUUUCGAUGCCACUGCCGCGGCUAUGGUAGUGGCACUUGCCAAGUGAACUUGGGGGCUGGUGUUUGCUACCGGUGUUGGAGGCCGCAGAAGAUUGGAGGUGAGCGAGUGGUGGAGUGCACGGGGCGGGCCUGUGCCCAGCGCAACCGCGAGGCCAUCCGAGCCUUGGUCGCGUCUGUGUCACGCAGUCAAACUUUGCGCGGCAUCAUGCAGCGCAUGGAGUGCCCUGGCAGUUAG